GGGAAAGGCAAGCCGGGCCUGCGAGCUGAGCUCGCAGCAGUGCAGGAUGGACGCUCCAAAGGCUGAGCGGUGCAAAAGGAAGUGGGAUCUGCACGAGAAGAUGGCCCCGGUCCACAUGCAUUCGUUGUUUGUGUGCAGGCUUCGGCAGGCUCAUGACGUCGACAGAAUCGCCCUCCUGGAGGGAGGUAAGGUUCAUCCAGACGCGGAGUGUCUGCGCUGACCCUCAGAGAGUCUCCAUUGUGUCAUACUUUGCUAUGUGCAGAACUCCAGCGGCAGUGCAGACUCAGCCAAAGCCUCAUGCACGCGCUCUACCUCGGGUAUGUCAUCUUGAGUCAAUUGAUGCAACAAGACAAACAAGUGGCCAUCCAUUGCAAAGCUGCAUGCCGUCUCUGUCUCUCAUUACUGUCGUCUGCGUUAGAUCCACAAGCAUCCCUCUGCUCUUCUUCCAGCCCGGUGGAGAAAGAGAGGACGCCGAGCGCCACCCGAAAGAGUUUGUACCGUCCUUUGUCUCGCCUUCCUUCCCCUUCAUCCCUCCUGUCGGCUGGCCUGGCGAGUUAUCGCAUGAUCAACAGAAACCCUCCUUACUGUCCUCUCCGCAAAGCCCAGCAUCUCCUGUCGACCGUUGUGAAGAGGAGCAGCGAGACAGCUGUGGGGCUGAGGACGGCGAAUGGACGGCUUUCCAUCGUCAAGAGAGGGACGGUGAGACAGAUAUGGCGGGCCCGUCCAUCGUCCUGUGGCGAGACAAUGACGAUGGCGAUGGCUAUGAGGAGGGGGAGGAGAAGGACUGGCAGACAGACCUGGCGAGAGGGAUGCGGAAGCUGUCGGAAUGGCUGCAUGACAUUAAUCCUUCACUGAGACAGGGACGUGGUGCGGGGAGGACACACGCUGGUACAAGCCUCAGGAGCUCCCCCUCAAUGUCCAACGCGUCCGUCCGCCUGCCUCCUAGAGCUGGUGGGAUGAGCAGAACGGGAUCGGUCAUGUCGGUGCACUCGAGACUGCUGCAGUCGACGAUCAGCAGUCGAGCAAGAGAGGUGGAAGGGGAGGCGAGACGGUCGCGUGUGCAUCCGAGGAUGCUGCGAAGUGAGGAAGCACUCAAUGUAAGGAGCGUACGGCUCUAUCAGUGAGGAAGGCGGGAGACAUGCUCAUCUGUGUCCUUUUCAGGACAUGACGAGAGAGAUCAAGGAGCUGGUGGUCGAGCUGAAGAACACGCUGAAGCACACAGCGGCCAAGGAAAGAGUGCUGUAUGAAUUGGAAGAACAGCUGAAGGCAAAAGCAGACAUCCUCGAUAACAUAACAGCAGAUCUUCGUCAGGUCUCCCAGUCGCAAUCGAGGACGCGCCUUCGGCAAUCCCCUCCCUCACAGCCAGCAGCCGGGCCAGGCUCGAUUAUGCGGAUGCAAGCUCCCUGUUCGACGUCUCUCGGUCCUGACGAAAGAGUGGGGCGGCCACAACCUCCCUUGCAGGACAGCGGGUCACGCCCCGUGUCUCCGCCGACCGACAAACGCCCCGUCGUCUCUGCCGCAGUUCCGCAGACGUUGCCUUCCCCCUCACUACCGUCCAUCGACAGCUCACUGCUCCAGUCUGUGACGAGAAUGCGAGGCGUCGAUGGCGAGGGUGCGUUUCAGCCACACGCCAGGCUGCCGCCUCCGACAUCCGCCGAGUCAGCCUCUGGCGGCGAUCGGCGAUCUCCUAUGAGAUUGCCGCAUUCGCCCAACAUUGCAUGUACGGCAGCUGUCAGAACGGUGAACGUUCAUACCAAGUCAGACGAUGGGAAGACAGCGGAGGCUAGGGGACGAGCCAGUCAAUAAGAAACAUCAAUUGAAGGUGGCUGACGAAUUAUGAUUUCUUUCACCGUCAGGGAGCUGGCAGGACGUGUCGUGAAGCGAAAACGCCCCGUCUUGGCCUCGUCGUCAGAGCCCAAGCAUCGCACAUCCAUCUGAGGACAUCACACGCAUUUUUGCUGGGGGCCAACGAGCCU